GUAUGAUGGGUGCUCAUAUAUAAUUUAUAUGCAAUAAACGUUUCUAGCUAUUUCAUUAGUUGCAAAUAAAGUGAUACAAAUGUGCACCACUUGGAGCUGAUGCAUGGUGUGUGCCUGGGGCUGCUUCCAGCUGAACAGUGGUGGUUCACGUGGGGAUGAUUUAACACUCCAGCAGUCCCACUAUCCAAAUUCUGCUGCAGGUUAAUCCCUGGAGCAGAUGCACGUCACUUUUUCAACUACUCAUAGCUUGGCUUAUUAACUUAACCAAAGAUUUCCAUUUAAACUAUCACACUGGCCCCAGAUUGUGGUGGAUAAAGAGCCAGCAUCUAUUUGUGCCCUUUUGCAAGGCUGAAUCGCUCUGGGACAAGGAUGGCAACAGGCACACGCCCGCAGCAAGGAGAGAAAAAUCAACUUAAGGUAUCACAGCAUUUUGGCGCUUAAUACGUCAGCGGCUACUUCAGACAUCAGAAACUCAUUCACAUCAGUGAAAUUCAACACAAAAGUAGGGAAAACCAAAGGAAAAGCAUACCACACGGGGCACCUGGAUGGAUCUGCUGCUGUUGAGCAGAACCCAGGGGCAGAUGGUUGUUCAUAUUCUUCCUCAACUCUUUCCGUAUAAGGCAGCUCAUUUAAGCCCUUGUGACUCCCUGGGACCAUCCCCAAGGCAAGCAAGGUCUGCGGAUGGGCUCAGGGGAGGGAGAUGUCCACUGAGAAAUGUCUGCAGGGUGCAGAUUUGUGGUUUAGCCCCUCGUUGAGCCCUCUCCUUUUCAUAAAUCCUGUUCUUCCAGAACAUGUCAAAUUAGGGGAUAAGGUCUUCACCUCUGCAACUCUGUGCAGAGGGCAGGUAUGAGAAGGCAGCUCUCCUGAGGCAGGGUGACAUCAAGCAGCGUGCAUGACAAAGGACAGAAGACCCAUUCAGGAUCUAUUCACUGGAGAGGUGAGGACUUCCCUGUGGACAUUAAGUGCCUCUCUGCUCCUGCCAACCCCGCUGUGGGCUGCCCGAGCUGUGCUUGCACCCAACACCAACUCACCAGAUUUCCCUCCUGUCCUUGCAGGGAUCCUUCCCCCGCUCUGGGCUGCUGGAGCAGGGAGGGAGCUGGUCCUUGUCCCAGAGGAAGAACUGCUCUGCAGGCUCUGACAGCACCCCAGACGUGCCAGCUGCCCGCAACUCCAAAACCUGGAAGCCAGCAGGCUGGGGCUGGUUACAUGAUACAUGCUGCCCUGUGAUCACUUACUUUCCUGUCCACUAUAGACUGCAACAUAUACUCACAAUGUGAGGCUUUAUCUAGAGGUAUAUCCUCUAUAUAUCCUCUGAAAGAAAUCAGUUAAGCUAGCAAUAGCAUGCUUUUUUACUUCUAUAACUGCACGAGAGAGUUUGGGGUACAGGGCUAUUACUAAUAAAUCACCAUAAAUAGAUCAAUAUGUCAGUACUUCAGUGCUUGAAUCCAACCAGCUAUGGGGAAUUUGUCCCUUGGUAGCAAUCAAUCUGCUGUACUUAAAGUUUCCUCACCAGAUCUGCAGCUAGCACAAACUGAUCAAUGCUGUUCCAAGUCAGCGGAGCGUAACAGCUUUGCAGGACCCAAUGUACACCCCUGCAGGUCUCCUCCUCCUCUGCAAGGACGCAGAGGUUAAAUUAUCUCACACUAACUCCCAGUUCUUUAUGCAAAAACAGCCUUUCUUGCCACCACCCCAUUGCAGCCCAGCCAACACCCCAGCAACUUUCCAGAUAGAGUCUAAUUUGGACCUCCACAGACAGCAAUUCCACUGCAGUUUCCUGCCGUACUGCUUAGAAGUAGCUGCAGCAAAAUGAAUUCUGUGAGCCAUCCAAAUUUUGCCAUGCACCCUUCAUAGGGCCCUCCUCCUGGGGAGUGGUUUGCCAGGUGGUGUGGGAAGAGAUAUGCAGACUUGUAAGAUGCUGCGCUGCUCGCUCUUUCAGAGGGGUAAGAAGCAUUGCUAGAGAAGACAUGAGGGACCUGGAGAUCUCAAUUAGCUUUGGCUAAUAGAAUGAGAGUCCUGCUGCUGAUGGAGGGUCCAGGGCUGCAUCCUAGUGCAAUCUUCUCCACUUGGAGCUCUAUCCCACAUCACCUAUCGCUGAUGAUUUCUGUGAGGAGUUUCUCCUUUCCCGUGAGGUACCUGCUGAUGGAGCCUCCUACCAGAAGUGACUUGAGAUGCGGUUCCCAGGAGUCCAAGUUCAGUAGAGAAUGCAUCAUUCCCACCUAAGCCCCAGAGGUCAUCUCAGUGACUCAAAGCAAAGAGAGUCCAGAUCCCACUGGCUGCUGGAGUGGGGAAGGGGGCCCAAGGUAGUGGGGGAGAGGGUCCAAGACCUGUGAGUGGUGAUGCACAUACCACCAGGGCAAGCAUUUACAGCAGGAUCCCAGGGUUAUUCCAGACAAGGCUUGUGCCCAAAACCUGGUAUUAGGUAGAGGUCAGGGCUGCCAGAUAAACAACUUUGGUAACGAUCACCCAUCUACAAGCUCUGACUAGAGCUCUUGCCUGUUAACAAGCUCCCUGGGACCAGCUUUCAGAGGAUGUUGCAUGUGGGCACAAGUUCUGGGAGGUCAAGUUCCCUGUGCCCCAGGGACAUGACGCAGCCAAGGCCUGGGGACCGUGAAGGGGAUACCCUGUGUCGUGCUUGCAUGGCUGGCUGGACAAUGCCACCACCUUCAGUGGGCUCAUUCCACUGCUCCCCAGAAUUGGGUUGGGCUCAUAAGGAUGGUCUGUGUCAUGCUCCAGGUCUGCAUGCCUGAUUCUCUCCCUUCUUCAGAUUGCAGUUAAGUUGCAAUGGAUUUUCCUGGCCAUGGCCUGUUGUCCCACCAACCACAGAGGUUUGUGCAAGGGUUCGCGUCACUCCUGCUCCUGAUGCAGGGUCCUAUUCCUCAAGAGCCAUGCUAUAGAGAGAAGAACCACAAGCCUAGCAGCCACUGCCUAACAAUUAUACUGCUUUCUGGUGACUUGUGAAGAAAUCCCAGCAAUUCACUGGAAGGCCCUGCCCUCCAUAACAACAGCAGCAGCAGCAAUUGAUUAUUUGAGUGUUUUACAAAUCUGUUCUGCCAAGCUGUCUCUUGCUUUUCACCUUUUGUAAUCAGACACCCACCUCUGACAGUUGUAGGAAAGAAACUGUAGAUGGUACUGUGGCCUCUUUCCCUCCAUGUGGCUCCCCAGCACUCGUGGUCUGCUUUCCUGCUCCUCCUCCAUGGAGGCCUAAGAAAAAGCAAUGCACUGGACUUUCCAAAACUGUAAGAAUUAAUGUUCUGAUUUCCUUUCUAAUGGCUCACCUGGAGGGGAGGCUGUGAGCUACACGGCACUCUUAUUUCUUCUCAGUGAUGGGUCCCCAAGGUUACCUUUCAGCUGCUGUGGUGCAAAGCCUAUUUUGUGUGAUGAGUUUGAGCUAGGCAGGAGAAACAGGGCUGUAAGCUUCUACGCUGGUUUCUUUCAAGCUUUACAGGCCGUUCUGAAAAUGUAUUGUGUAAUUUAGGAGACUGAUGUGCUGAACUGAGCAGAGAGUUUUCAAUUACCAAUAUAAAAAUGACUCCCUAAGAACAGACAUUCAUUCUGCUCUCUCCAACUGUUCCAGCAAGGCAUCCCACUGCUCACAGCGCCUUUAACUUUGCUUCGUUUGACUGCAGAGUCCUUGACUUAAGGGGAAUGGUUGUGGUCUGCACUGGGCCUGGUAGACUGGCUCCUGGAAGGAAUGAGGGGCACCAGCAAGCAGUGUUCCCAGCCAUACUCGGAUGUUGACUUUCCUAAGCCAGGUCUACGCUGCUACCCCCUUUCUGGGCAACUAAUGAGGAAAACUGCAUAGAAGCCUCUCCGGCUGAAAGCAGUCUGGUUUUGCAGAAGAGGAAUGGAGCAGCUAAGGCAGUGGUGUAUGCUGCUUAUCUGCUGCCGCUUGGCCCCGCAGUAGAGUCAGUUCACUGUGAUGGGUCACAGUCCAGGAGAGUGACUCUCAUCCCUGAAGCAACGCGAUUCCAGCAGGCGUUACGAGUUCAGAAGAGUUUCUCCAUCAGAGAGCGACAGAAGUUCAGCAUUGGUGUCAAGCACUGAGCCUGUUUGAUGUUGCUGCAAUGCUCCUGGGUCACAGUUAAAACAUUUCACGCUGUGUUGCUGCAGUACAGGCAGUUUCCAUCGCCAGUAACAUGUCUUCUGGAAGUAGUCAAGGAUGCAGCCGUACCUCCAUGACUGCGGCUCCUCACAGGUCCCUAUCUUGCCCAAGUAGGUUGAUUGCAGCUUCAGACCCCACGGACAUCAUUAACUCAUUACUCUAACCGAGCUCUGUGCAGGCACAGGCUCUGCACAAACCACAGGCUACCUCCUACAGCUCCUCCCUGCCCCGGGCACCCAGGAGGGAGCUUGCAGGCGCUGGGCCAGGCCAGGAGGAAAGCAAGUGGGAGCAGUGCUGCGGCGGGUGGCGUUUGCCAGGAUGUAGGGCCACGGGCGGGGAGCCGUGGGGAAGUGGGCGAUGCUUCCCGGGGCAGGGGAGGCCGCCCUGUACGUGCCCCCAGCCGCCCACCACCCCGUUUGGCGGCGGGGCCCCCGGAGCCCUGAGGCGAUGAGGGAGGACAAAAGAUGGCGGCCCGCCCGCCCCGCCGCCUCCCCCGGGCCGCGGGCCGGCGGCGCGGCGGGAGGCGGAGGCCCGGGGCGCUCCGGGGAGGCGGGGAGCAGGGCGGUGCAGCCGGUCCAGCCCGCCCCGCCGGCCGGGUUGCGAAGUCCAGCCGCGGCCUUGCUCAGCCAUCCCGGGCCGAGAGCGAGCUCUGGGCCAUUAAUAAGAUUCCCAGGACCUAUUCUGUGCACGUGAUUCUCCAGAGACAUCACUUGCAAGCAGUCUAUUCUGGGCAUGUUCUCAGAGCUGAAGUUCCCUGUGCCCUGGGGCCAUGUGGCAGCCAAGGCCUGGGGACCCUCGGAGGGACACCCUGUGCUGUGCUUGCACGGCUGGCUGGACAACGCCAACACCUUUGACAGGCUCAUUCCACUGCUCCCCAGAGAUUGCUAUUAUGUGGCAAUGGAUUUUUCUGGCCAUGGCUUGUCAUCGCACCGACCUGCAGGCUGCCCCUACCAUUUUCUGGAUUAUGUGACCGACGUGUGCCGGGUGGCAGCAGCUUUGCAGUGGAAACGGUUCACCCUGAUGGGUCACAGUAUGGGUGGGUCUGUGGCAGGAAUGUUUUGUUUCCUUUAUCCUGAGAUGGUGGACAAGCUGAUCCUGCUGGAAAAUCUUGGCUUUCUGCUAGCUCCAGAGGACACUGAGGCAUGGCGGAAAUCAAAACGGAUGGUGAUUGACAGACUACUGAGUCUAGAGGCAAAGCAGCAAACUCCCAAAGCACGGAGCCCUGAAGCAGCAUUGCAGAGGCUCUUGGAAGCAAACGGCCAUCUGACAGCAGAGGGUGGGGCAAUCCUGCUGCAGCGAGGAGCAACUGAGACACCCGCUGGGCUCGUGUACAACAGAGACAUGAGAGUCCAUACGCAGAGUCGAGAGUCCUUCACAGUGGAACAGUGUGUGAAGCUCCUGCAGAAGAUCCAGGACCGUGUUCUCAUCAUUGUGGCACAAGAUGGACUCUUGGUACCGCACAAGCUAAACAGCAGAAAUCACUUUGUGAAAGCCCUACGGGAGGCAUUCGAGUCCACCCUCAAAGAGCACAUCCAGCUAGUCGAGGUGCCUGGGAGUCAUUUUGUGCACCUGAACGAGCCCAAGGUGGUGUCUGGGAUCAUCAGCAACUUCCUGACAGUGCAGAAUGCCAGAGCCAGGCUCUAAGAAGUCCCCACUGCUGCAGCACUUCAGGAGAGCAGAGCGCUAAAAAGCAUGCUCUGGAGGAAUUACCACCAUUCCUAGCACACGUCCAAUGUCAGUUUCGUAACUUUUUUCUAAGCUUAGGUCACUGCAGGGUAAAGCAGGUCUGCCAGGCAUUCCCUGGAAGAAAACUCAGCAAAGUAUCUCAGUUGUCAAAUGCAAAAGGAAUCCCUCCUCCACUUCCAGCUCUGUGAGCACGGGGACAGAGGCCCAGGGUGGCAUUACCCUUGGUUGCUCCUAACUAGCACCCUGAAAUGGAGCAGGAAUACAGACUGAGCCUCAUGGGAGCAGCAGCACCAGCUGUAGCAGGGCAAGAGGGAGGUGGCUCAUCUCACCCCCUCCCCAAGGAUGGUGCAACCAGUCUCCUCCCAGGAUUAGACCUCCUGAAAAACCAGGGAAGCGUUCUGCUCUGCCUACUUCCAUGAGUGUCUGAGCUCAGAGGACCUCAGUGUCUCUGUUCUACCACGAAAGCUGCUGCUUUUUUUUAAAAAAAAAAAAAAACAGCUUAAAUAAGAGCUCACCCAGGCAGGGAAAGCCAUUUUAAUGAACUAGGGAAUGAGUCACUAAUCCUAUAGCUGAAGCAGCUGGGAGAACUACUAAUAAUGGAAAAAUUGUCAGAGCUGAUUUCUGUCCUUCUAAAUAAAGAUCAACUGUCUUCUUGACUCUA